AACGAGAACCGCACUUCCUUUGACACCCUCUGGUGCAUGUCAUGGCCGCAGCACCCUCCGCUUCCCGCCUCCUCGAGGAGCCUCACGGAGUGCUGAAGAAAGGGAGGGCCAAAGAGGAGGAGGAGGAGGAGGCGAGGGACUGGGCGGAGCUGCCGCGGGAUGCGUUGCUGGCCGUGUUCCACAAGCUGGACCACAUCGAUAUCCUCACAGGGCCCGACAUGGUGUGCAGCCCAUGGCGCAGGGCUACCAUGGACGAGCCCGAGCUGUGGCGCCGCAUCGAUAUGCGCUUCCACGUCGCCGAACAAUACCCUGGGGUACUCUUUGAGAUGGUGAGAGCCGCCAUGAGACGCAGUGCGGGCCGGUGCGAGGCCUUCUGGUGCGAGGGUGAAUUCUCAGACAAUGUCUUGUCCCUUCUCGGUGAUGCGGCGCCCUCAUUGAAGAGCCUUCGACUCAUCGGGUGCGAUGAUAUCGUGGAUUCGACAUUCAAGGUGCUGAUCACAAAGUUCCCCGUGCAAGAGGAGUUGGAGCUGUCAAACUGUUGGCAUCGCUUUCCACGCACACUGGAAGUUAUAGGGGAUGCCUGCCCUCUCCUGAAGCGCUUUCGACUAAGCCAAAGGUCCUUCUACUCACCAAGAGUGGGUGACAGUGCAGCCAUGGCUAUGAUGCCGGAGCUGCAGUCGUUGCAGCUUACUGCUAAUUCGCUCACCAACAGUGGUUUGGAACUCAUCCUUAAUGGCUGCCCGCUCCUAGAGUCUCUCGACAUUCGCUCUUGUUACCAUGUUUGCAUGGACGAUGAUAUGCAAGCAAAGUGUUCUAGGAUUAGGACUCUGAGGCAUCCUGAAGACUCUAUGGAUGAUUAUGACCUCUCAUUUGAUUAUACAAUUCCCAGGCCAUGCUGGUCUACUAAACCAAUCGAAUACGCUAUGAGCUGUACGAGUCCUUACUAGUGUAUAUGUACCAGCAAACACCCAACUCACAUUUUAUUUGA